AUGGUGGCCCGCGAAGUCUUGCGCAAAAGACUUGAAGAGGCGUACGAUGAGACUCAUAAUGCCCUCAAAAUUGAACACCUCAUGAGGCUGUUUGAAUUCUGCCGACAAACUUUCUUCACUUUUGCGGGAGAGACCUAUGAACAAAUCAAGGGAACCCCAAUGGGCUCACCGGUCUCCGGUUUGGUGGCAGAACUGGUCCUACAGGAGUUGGAAAAGAUUGCCUUUCUCCAGCAUGAAACGGUGUUUUGGCGACGUUACGUUGACGACACGUUCGUCACCGUAAAGAAGGAUAUGCUGCAACAUUUUCACAGCCUGCUCAACGCAGUCUUCCCGGAUAACAAAUUCACGAGAGAAGAAGAACAGCAGCAGCAGUUGUCCCUCCUGGAUGUGCUCGUCAGGCGAAACCUUAACCGUGAACUUGAAACGACGGCUUAUAGGAAGGCAACAAACACCACACCACUUCUCAGUUUUCACUGCUCACAAACGAAGCUGUGUGAAGACGCACUUCAAACGGAUCUCCGCGACCAGUUUGUGCAAAGUGGCUAUUUUAUAAGUGGCAUUUAUAAGUCGCUGCCUACGCGGUCGCCACCAGAGAACUCAAACAUCAACGCCACCGACGAUAUGGCAUUCUCUGCCAUCCAUCAAGGGUGUUUCAGAAGCGACCGAGCGCAUUGCUGCGGAGCUAGGGGUUGGAAUCGCACACCGCCCUAA